AUGACAGAAUCCUUGGACCAGGAGGCUACAGUCUCCGGGCAACUCUUGAAAGCCGCCAAAGAGGCAAACGCGGGGGAGGUAUUCUAUCUGAUUACGAAACAUGAUCCUAAAAGCAUUGACCCGGAGAUCUUCAACUGGGCAGUGACAUCUUUCUCCAUACCAAUAAUUAUUCUCCUUCUCGAAAGAUAUCCUGCCAUGCUCAACUGGACCUAUGAUCACCUCGGAACACCUCUGAUGAUUGCCUGUAUCAGUCGAGGCCCACCAGUAUUCGUCAAGUUCCUGCUUGAAUCUGGAGCAGAUGCGAAUCUCGUGCCCGCAACGGUGGACAACACGGCGAUGCAAAUGGUAGUAACUUACUACCAAGACCUUGGACAGUGUAUCGAAAUAAUCGACUUGUUAUGGCGUUUUGGGGCGAGGAUGGACGGUGAUGUUCUUGCGUGGGCAGCACAUCUGGGUCGAGUAGAUGUUAUGUACCAUCUGCUCACCUUGGGAGUGACACAGGAGCGAGAUCCAAUGUGGAUGCGAAGGAUUCAGCCGAAAGAACAACUAGCUCUUCACGCAGCCGCUCAAGCAGGACAUUGUUCCGUGGUCCUAGAGUUGCUUCUCUUUAGUGUUGAUGUCAAUUGCAGGAAUGGUCGGAAUCUGACAGCAAUGGAAAUCGCCCAGCACAUAGAGAGAGCUGGAAACAAUAUAACGCUACUCAAGUACGUAUUGGCAUUUUGGCGACGAAGGGAAGUGAAUUAUGGCUUGACAAGCAUUUGGGCACGUAUUAGCGAGUCAACAGCAACGAUAGAUGGGUCAUAG